UGAAGAGUUGCCAUGGCAACCAAAAUGUUUUGCUUUGACAACGCUGAAAAAAUUUUACAACCAAAACAAAAAGUGAGCGACAAUAGACAGCGCGUCUUGUGAAUUUAUAAUAUAACAUAAAACAAUUGAUGGCGGAAGUGCAUAUAAUUGGCCAAAUAUUGAAAGCAGUUGAUUUCGAAGAGCCGCAUUUGUUUUGCAAGUGGAAUUUACUUAGCGGCAGCUCCUGGCGUUUGGUGCAGGGCGAGAUACAGGGUCAGACGGCUGUGUGCAGCCAUCGGCUACAGAACUGCGCAGACUUCUCACAGCCAUUGGACGUCCAUCUGAGUGCGGCGGCCAUUCAAGGCUGGCCACGUCUGCUGGUGGAGGUCUAUACGGUGAAUUUGCUGCAGCAGUGCUGGCCCGUGGGUUACGGCUUUGCGCAUAUGCCUGCAACAGCCGGACAGCAUCGCUUGGAGAUUAAUACUUGGAAAAUAGCGCCCAAUAGCUGGUGGCAGCGCAUUAAGGAAAACUUUGGCGGCGGCGGCGCAGCGCUAAGCAAAACGGAUUUGCUUUACUCGGGCGUGGAGCGCUACAAAUUGCGGACACGCAGCUCGGGCAAAAUUAUUGUGGAACUUAAUCAAAUAUUCCGCAGAUUUGAAGAUUACGGUGUGGAGUUUAAAUAAUGCGUUUAGUAUUAAUA